AUGGUUUCUCCAAAAGCCAUCAUCCGUUUAUGUUUACUAGGAGGACAUUAUGCUGCUUCAGUCAUAGAAUUUAGGAUUGCUAGAAAAUCCUUGCCUGAUUUUUCUGGGUGGACGAGACAUAUGCUCGGUUAUGAUCAUUCCAGGAAGAUGUUGAACAAUGCACAUGUUACUGAAGCCAUUAGAACGUCUGGAGAAAUCUUCAUAUAUCGCGACAUACCUGGUAUCGUGACUUUGCUUGCUCGAUGGUGUGUUCUUACACACACAUUCAUAUGUAGGUGGGGUGAACGUACCAUUACCUUGGAGGAUGUUGCCGCUUUGCUUCAUCUGCCAGUCACUAGUAAUCUCCCCAUUGUGUUUUCUGCAGAAGAAACUAAAACAUGUACAACUUUAAGGACUGAGAUGAUUAGGAUCAAUGUCAUAGGAAAUUGUUAUUCCCAGUGGUUGAAGCAUUGGUUCUCGGUAGAAAAAGAUCCGGCCAGACCUGAUGACAGCACCCUGAUUAUUUUCGUAUUGUUGUCAUUGUGGUUAUCUAGGUAUGUGUUUGAAGACGACAGUUCCCAGCUGAAAGCAUUUGUAAUUCAUCUUGCAAGAUGGAUCAAGGUGGAAUCAUAUGUUAACACGCUAUUCAUCCAAGCGUGUUUGUGGGAACACCUGAGUAAUUAUGCACCUACUCCACGCAAUAUUUUGCAGAAGAAAUGCGUAGAUUCUCAUCAUGCUUUUUCUGAAGACAAUAACGCAAGGAUAAUGCGUUGGUCCAAUAAGAUGCCACGUUCUAGGGUACGCCUUGAUGAUUUGAUGGAUAAUGAAGCUGACUACGAUUUCCGUUCGUGGGCACCAGUCCCUUCUUAUGUCUCUCGGUUAACCAGCUUUGCUGGAGAAGAGGAUGUAGUGCUACAAUUCGGUAACAAUCUUACCGAUGGUGAAAAACAUUUAUGCUGA